UUUUAAUUUUUAUCUUUCGUUCUGGCCGACAUCGCGAUCGCGAAACCGUCAAUUUUCGAUCUGCAAAUUUUUGCCAACGAAAUAGAGGAGAUAUAAUUAUAGCAAAAUGCCUAACCAAGUGUUAUUUAUAGAGCCACAAAAUGAGCUAAAAUUCAAAGUGGACUUCACGGGUCACUUUGAGCAGGGCAACACGACGUACAUGCGGCUCACCAACCCGACGGCCGAUACGGUGCUCUUCAAGAUCAAGACCACGGCACCCAAGAAGUACUGCGUGCGACCCAACUCGGGCAUGCUCGAUCCACAUUCCAAAGUCGACAUAGCAAUCACACCGCAAGUCGUGUUUGUGGACAGCAAUGAGAAGUACAAACACAAGUUUAUGGUGCAGAGCGUCAUCGCACCCGAAGGCAAAACCAACAUAGACCAAGUAUGGAAGGAGAUCAGCCCCGACCAGCUGAUGGACUACAAGCUGAAGUGCGUGUUCGAGACGCCCGGCAGCACCAACACCCAUGUGAGUAACACCACGGAUGCGGGAGAUGCGGCGCAGAACGAUGCCACCAAGAAGCGGGUCGCCGCCGAGACCGACGCGAAGCCCGCUAUUAAGGAGCCCGUCGAAGCAUUAGUGUCCACCACGUCGAAACCAGAUGGACCUCAGAACACGAUGGCCUAUAAAAUAGACCCUGCCAGUGCUGAAAAGGCUGCAGACGAGAUCGUGCAAGCUUUUAAGCAAGAAGAAAGCAAAUUAAUUCACGAAAAUCUUGAACUCAAAGAGGAGGUGCUGCGCCUACGGCUGGUGGCGGGAGGCGGCGCGGCGCGGCGACACUCGUACGGGCCCGAGAAGACGGCGCAGGCCUCCCUCAUGCCGUGGCUCGCCAUGUCCAUCGGCAUGGCGUUCAUCGGCAUCCUCAUCGGCAAGUUCCUCAUGUGAACGCGCGACCGCUCGCCGCUCGCAUCCCACACACUCCUCACUCGACCCAGCUUCACAGUUUUCUACUAGCUCCGAACUUUACUUCGCACACUGGUUUGUGAACGCUCCCCUUCCAACUGUUACCCCCCACAGUCGUCCUGGCGACCCCUCUAUGCGACUACUGACUUCACCUCGGCACCUGUGCAAUGUGCAGGCUGUAUGUGAACUCUUAUGUUAGACAAACGAAACUAUUAACAUUGUAUGUAGUGUCUCGGUAUACUCGUGUUUUACAUUUUGUAAUAAAUGUUUAGUGUAAACUUAACUUUCUCGCUUAAACAUUUUGCAUUCCUGCUAUAGAGUCCCUGUGUAUGUACAGAUCACAUUAUUUAAUCAAGUUAAAUUGUAUAAAGUUUUUGUGGACUUCCUCCCCGUCAUGGUUAGAUGUUUUUGAGUGUUAAAUAAUACUUAUGAAAAUGGGUUUGCUUUAACUGAUUUAUGCUUCGAUUAAGUAGAAAAAUCUGGUUUACACAGAACUAUUAUUAUAAUUAUAUUUACGGAUUGGCUUGAUCUUAUUUUUAGUAGAAAUCUUGUUAAAUAUGUAUUGAAUUUGAAAAUUUGUGUGGACGAUCUUAAUGUAGCUGUGUAUCAAUGUGUCUUUGAAUCUUUGUGCUCUUUAUGUCAAAAUAUCUGGUAUUUCACUCCAACGACAUUGGCAUUGUAAUAUUUUUAUUGUAAGCGUAAAUUCAUAUUGCUUCAAUAAAUAUA